AUGGAUCCUGCUGUCGCACAUCGCCCAUGGGAGGCAGUCUCAGGGCCUCAGUCGACUGCAGGCUCCACGCAAACUCUCCCAUCUAUCUCAACCCUCACCGCAAAUAUGCCAGGGACCGGGGCCCCCGCCGAGAAAUCCCCCGGGAAUGGUUCGCUGAAUACAAUUGAGCGUGACUCCGGGAAUUGGUCAAUGCCGCAAAGCACAAGAUCGUCUACCUACUCUACAGCGACCAAUGGCACCGGCAACAACUAUCCCUCCCUCAGCUUUAUCUCCGCGUCGCAACCCUCUCCGAAUCGCGGACAUCCGGCUGUCGACCGCUCCCCUUAUCCCCACGAUCAAUCCACCACCCCUUCCUCCGCUGGCACUCAACAACCCUCUCCCAACUUCGGCCAGCCGAAUUCCACCCUCCCUUCAAUCAACCAGAACUACGAAGCUCCCUCCCAACGAGUGAGCGUGGCCGAGACCAUUGAGUCUCGGCGCAGCAGUGUCGACAGUCGCAUGAACCAAGGGAUCAGUUCUCUGGCAAUCAACCCGGCCUCGCCCUACCACAGCACCAAUGCCUCCCAAUCAUCCAUCGUUUCAAGUCUACAAAGGGAGCGAGGGAUUCCGACCGACAUGAAUUCAUACCGGGGACCUCGGUACUCAGGAGGGAACCAGCCACUCUCUCCGCUAGGCCCUCGCGCAACCGACCAGCAGCGGAGUUUUGCAGCCGGUCGCACUGCUCCGGCCAUUUCCUCGAAUCCUCGGUCGGAGAUUUACAAUGCUGAAGCACCCACGGCGGGUAUGGCAUAUGCCUUCCCGGACCCGGCCGUGGCGCGCUCAAGCUCUGUCAGCUCGAAGGGAGAAUCCAACCCUGCGUUUUCCCGGAAGGGAAGUAUGGCGGAGUCUAUGAAUAGCAUGUACUCGGAACGGAUGCCACGAGGUCAACACGACCUACCCCAAAAUGUACACCACCACCACUCCCUCCAACACAAGGCAGUAAGAGAGUUGAUCGGCGAAGAAGACGGUCCGCCCGGCAGCACACCGUACAGCCGUACGCCCGAACUGCGCGUAACGCACAAACUAGCCGAGCGCAAACGGCGAAGCGAGAUGAAAGACUGCUUCGAAGCGCUCCGGCUGCGUCUACCGCCCGGGCAAACCAACAAAUCCAGCAAAUGGGAGACGCUCACACGGGCAAUUGAUUACAUAGCAAUGCUGGAGAAAACCGUCGCGCAAUCGCAGCGCGACCGGGCCGUUAUGCAGUCCGAGAUAGAUGAGAUGCGCGCUCAGCUCCAGCAAGCCAACGGCGUCCCCCGCCCCAUGUUCGACCACCACCAAAUGAACUCCCAGGUCAAUGGCCAGGGCCCCUACAACGGGUUCGGCAAUGCCGUGACCCAGGAGCAGCCGCGUACGCUACCGCCUCUUAUGAACGGCUCCAGUGCGCCUAUGCAGGGCAUUGAGUAUGAGCGACGGUAG